AUGCGUACCUCUGUCGCCAUUGCCGCUGGCCUUGUUGCCGUUGCAUCUGCAAAGACCAGCACCAUCACCGACACCGUCGAUGUCACCAUCACUUCCUGCGAACCCACCAUCACCGACUGCCCAUACAAGCCUGCUCCUACCUCAGUUGAUGACUACACUUGGGGCGACUGGACCAGCACCACCACCACCACCACUCCCGUUGAGCCUGUGAGCACCACCACCUACGACCCAACCUGGGGUGACUGGACCUCCACCACCACCACUACCACCACUCCUGUCGAAGCCGUCAGCACCUCGACCACCUGGGUCGGAACCUGGGGUGACUGGACCUCCACCACCACCCCGGUCUCCCCUGUGACCACCAGCAGCUCCGCUGCUUGCGGUAGCUAUACCGCCACUGCUCCUCCUGCGUGGUUCUCUCUCCUCCCUAGCAGUGUUCUCAGCUCCAUCGAGGCCAAGUGGACUGGAGCUCCUCCUGCCGACUGGUGCUACUACACCUACAGCACCAGCACGCUCGCCACUUCCACCCCUGUGGCUCCCGCCAGCUCCACCCCAUACUGGCCAGCUGGCUCGUCUUCCCCGGUUGCCGCAGCUUCGGGCACUGGCACUGGUGUUUGGUCCUACACUCCAAGCUCUCCUGUUUCCCCGGCCACCUUCACUGGUGCUGCCAACGCCAACGCCGGUUCUCUUGCUAUUGCUGGUCUCGCUGCUGCCGCUGCUCUGGUCAUCGCAUAA